UAUCAAGACUUUAUUAUCAUAAGAUCAUAACCUUAAAUUCUAAUACCCAACCUUCAAUUUCAUUUCACAAUAACACUAGAAAUAAUUUCAAUAAAUGGAUUCUGCUAAUGUAAGCAAGUAUGCUAAUAGUACAAACGGGCCUCUAGGAUUAGGAGAUCCAGAGGACACUUCGCUACGUAAGGUCGAGCGGAACGUGAAGAUACCACAGAAAAUGCGAGAUAAAGCAAGAACUGAGAAGUGUGUUGAUCUAGUAAAAGCUUUCAUGGAGUGCGGUAAACAGAAUAAGAUACUUUUCUUCAUGAACUGUCGAGCCGAAAAUAAGCUUAUGCAAGAAUGCUACGCCAGGUGGUUCAAUGACGAGGGCUUCAGGCAAGAGUGUACAAACGAGUAUUUAAAAGAAAGAGCUGUGUAUAGACGGACUGGUGAAACUGUAAUUCCUGAAAAACUUCAUCGAUAGUAUCCAGGGCAUUUUCUUCUACUGUAAUGUGCAACUGGAAUAGCAAUCACAAUUUAUUGGAAGUUCUAUUUUUCGAAGAGCAUGAUGCGUUUAUGAAAGCAGCUGUUGCAAAAACGGUCGAAGUAUUCGUGUAUCACUUUCCUCAUUGUAUUGUAGCUACAGCAGCCGAGCGGCUAGAGUGCUUACAGUCGUCGCUAAGGAAUUCCACCUUUAGAUUCAGAUUCAAAUCACCAAGCAAUUCAUUCUAUGUCAAGACAUUUGAACAUGGUCUAUGUUCAAAUGGGGGGGAGGGGGAGGUAAAGCCGGGUUCAUAAUUUGUCCAAUUUAUUGUAAAGCCGGGUACGCUUAAGGUGCAAUUUCGUUUGUGCGUAAAUUUCCGCAGUCGACGACGACAAGCAUUGUUGACAUUCAUAUUGUCCAAAUUUCAACUGUGCUAAAACAGCUGAUCAAACAACUUCUCAUUAUUUGUCUUUAUUAUUAAAGAAUGAAACAUUUCUAAUAAUAUCAACAUAUUACCAUUUAAAAGUAUAAGCUCAACCUGCCCCAUUAAAACAUAAUUGAACAUAAUCUUUUAGGUUAUGUAGACAAAUUGAAAUCUAUCCAAUCUGAGAUUCCCUCACUGUCGUGGUUGACGAUGGCAUUUACGCACAAACGAAAACCCAGCUUUACAAUAAUAACGUGCACUAAUUGCUUUACAAUAAUCGCUUUAUAAUAUCGACAUAGAAAUCAUAUGUGAAUCAGCUAACCGUUACCGGAUCGGUCGGUACUCUGUAUGUUAAGUUUUGAUGAUGUACUGAUUUGACCAUGAUCAAAUGUCUUGACUGAGCUUGGCAAAACCGCGCUUCGUAUUUAACUUGAGUAGUUGGUAUCAACUGUUUGAAUCACUGAUCCGACAUUUUUCAAAUUUACUACAGAAGCUCAGCUGGGAUGUAAUAAUGUGUUAGAAGGAAUUUGAAAUAACGCCAAAGAUACGCCCAAAAUCUGCGUUUUUUUUUUUUUUUUUUGCUUUCUCAGCUUUAUCGAGAACAAAUGAACAGAAAAUGUUCAAAUUUACUACAGAAGCUCAGCUUGGAU